GGCUGACAAGGUGGAUACGUAAAGUAAUGGCAGAAAACGCUCAAAAUAUCGAAAAUUAGUCAUCCAUACUCGCUGAUCGGUACCGAAAAUUAUUUUGAAGAUACCAGAGAACACAGGAGUGUGACUUAAGACCACACAAUCUUUCUUCAACCUCUCAUCUGUCAUUUCAAAAUACUGAAAACAGGACUUCAGUAUAUCAGUAACCAUGGGAGGUAGGCUGAGUAAGGAGGAAAAGGAGGAAAAGAAACUUGCGAAGCAAACGAGGAAAGAAAAGAAACGUUUAGAAAAGUCAGGAAAAAAAUCGGAUGCUAAAGAAGAUGGUAAAAGAAACUCUUACUCGAAUGAGCCGACCAAGGGUAUAACAGCGGACCCGCCAUCUUCACCGACACACGUUGAGGGCAGUACAAUAUAUGUUGCUCUGUACUCAUACGACUCAAGAUCGGCCGAUGACCUCGCAUUCAAAAAGGGCGACAGAUUACUGAUCCUAGAUAAAAGUGCUGGUGAUUGGUGGAUGGCUCGUCAUGUUAAUGAUAGUAUAGAAGGAUAUGUACCAAGUAAUUACAUAGCAGAAGAGAUCAGUAUUGAAUCACAAGACUGGUACUUUGGCAACAUCGCCCGUAAAGAAGCCGAGAAAAAGUUAAAAAUGGCAACCCAAGUGAGAGGAACGUUCUUGAUCAGAGACGCCGAAACAGUGAAAGGCGCGUAUUCUAUGUCUACAUUGGAUUAUGAUGCUACCAAAGGUUACACUGUCAAACAUUACAGAAUUAGAAGUAUGGAUGCCGGUGGUUUCUUCAUUGCUCAGCGUGCUAUUUUCCCCACUCUGGUCGAGUUAGUAAAGCACUAUAAAAAUAGCUCAGACGGUCUCUGCUGCAAACUGACGGUGGCGUGUCCCAAGGAGAAUCCUAACACACCAGGACUGGGCCACGAUAAAUGGGAAAUACCGCGAGAAUCACUCACACUCAGCAAAAAGUUGGGUUCGGGACAGUUCGGCGACGUCUGGGAAGGAUUGUGGAACCAAACUACAAAAGUUGCUGUGAAAACGUUGAAACCUGGUGCCAUGUCGCCAGAAGCGUUUUUGGGUGAAGCCAACGUCAUGAAAAAACUGCGCCACGAUAAUCUUGUGUCCCUACUAGCUGUUUGCUCUGACAUGGAACCGAUUUACAUAGUAACAGAAAUGAUGGCUAAAGGCAGUCUGUUGGACUACCUAAGGGAAGGCGAAGGUCACCACAGUAAGCUUCCAGAUAUGAUUGACAUGUCAACGCAGAUUGCAAGUGGGAUGGUCUAUUUGGAGAAAGAAAAUUUCAUACACAGAGACUUGGCAGCGAGAAAUAUCUUAGUUGGCGAAAAGAACGAAUAUAAAGUUGCUGAUUUUGGGUUAUCAAGAAUUAUCGAGGAUGAAUAUGUCGCAAGAGAAGGCGCAAGGUUUCCUAUCAAGUGGACAGCACCCGAAGCAGCACUGUACAACAGAUUUACAAUUAAAUCUGAUGUUUGGAGUUUUGGUAUUCUUUUGACUGAAAUCGUCACUAAAGGCAGAAUGCCUUAUGCAGGAAUGAGUGGUAGAGAUGUAUUAGAGCAAGUGGAACGUGGUUAUCGAAUGCCAAAACCGAUGUACUGUCCCGACAGCCUCUACGAGUACAUCAUGAUGAAGUGUUGGGCCAAGGAUCCAUUUGAGAGACCAACUUUUGAGUUUUUGUUCAGCUUCCUAGACGACUACUUUGUUAGUACUGAAGCUAACUACAGCGAGGCGAACGAUUAUCUGUGAACCAAAAAAAAUUCCAAAACUUUGGAAGAGGAACAUGUGUUUUGGCUAGGUGUGACAGUUUGUUGUUGUGCAUGAAUGAAUGAAUUACGAUUAUGACGGUUUUUGCCGUGACAAAAUUUGGGGGAAAAAACCCGCCGGGGGGUAUCUAAGAAUUACAGUAACAUCAUCCUGAGAAAACAAAACUGAAAAACGGGGGUUAGAAUUUAAAUUAACAUUUUGAAAAUGUCAAUAUCUUUUCACCUUGUAUAUGUCAUCGAAUAGAUUCCAAAUUUAUUUUGUAAUUGUUUGAUCGUCGUGAUUAAUGUGUAAAAAGACUUUCUCGGAUUAUUAACGUUGUUUAAUUACGGAGAGGAAAUCAUCGUGAUAUUAAAUAAGACAUAAUUGAUUUCUGUAUUUCGUCAUAAGUUAUGAAAGCCUGAUCACAUUAUUGUAAUAACAGUAUAUUAUACUGUAAAAUGACUAAUUUUCACUGGGUUUAAAUUUCACUGAUUUGCCAUUUCAGGCAUAUUCAGUGGGUUUUAAAUUCACGGUUUUAUCAUUUAGAUAAUGUGUUCUAUGCUAAAUUUUACAUAUUCACUGGGUUUUAAUUUAGCGCAUUUUCCAGUCAGCGAAAUAAGCCAAAUUAAAACCCAGUGAAUAAUUAAGCCCUUUACAGUAUUUCAUUUUAUCUUUUAUUUAUAAUAACUAAAUCACCGCAAGUCGUUUAAAUAUAUAAAUUCUAUCUUU